GUGGCCUAACUGUAGGCCCAAGUGGGUUGUCUGCCUUAUUAUUUAGUAUUUACUAUUCGAGUUGUUUCAUAUUUGUAAAUUUCUAAUUGAUUUUGAGAUUAUCAUGAAACAAAGAUCAACGUUAAUUCAUGGGUAGAGUUCAGUGAUAUGACUUAAUUAAUAACCUCGAAACAUUUGAAUAUCAAACCGCUUUGAAAAACCCAAGGUUUUAUUGUACUAAUCCAGUUAUGGCGAUAUUGCAUCGGGCUCUUUUUACUUGGUUUAUUUUCUUAGUAUUUUUAAUACUACUAUGUUUACGGCUAGAAUCAAGAACACAUUGGAAUUGGUUCAUUGUCUUUAUUCCUAUGUGGGUUUAUGAUAGCAUUUUAUUAAUAUAUGUUAUCUUCCACAUGGUAUCUCACUGUAGGAACGGCAUCGAAAGAUUUCGUGGAACAAUAAACAAAAAUGUUUGGUACAUUACUGCCAUAGGACUAAAAAUGGCUGCUCAAAUUAUUAUAUGUAUUAAACUAGAAUAUACGAAAGUAAAUCUUCCAAUCUAUGUUGUAAUGACACCUAUCUGGAUGCUGCUGCCCGUUCUGUGUGUGGAGGUUUUCAUGCACCUACUAAAAAAUCCAAGUAGAAGUAGUAGAUACUAAGUUUAUCUACUUUCUAUUUCUGAGGACAACUGGUAUGAAAUUAUUAAUAAUGACCAUGUGACUUUGAGAUAAUUUUAAACUUGGCAGAGAUCCAUUGACAUCAGUAAGAUGUUUGCACAAGUUUUGGUUAUUUGUGGUGAUAUAACUAUACCAAAUAAGUGAUUUCAUUUGGAUUAAAUGCCAUCAAUCAUGAGUAAUCUCCCUGAUGUGAAGUCAAGUAUGAUUACAGAAGUACCUGUAGGAAGUACUGCAAUUUUGAACUGCAAUAGCAAUGACUAUGAACAUAAUUUUAUGUUCUGGCUGUUUGACAAAAGUACAGUAAUUGGUCCAGGGAAUAAUCACGAUGAAAAGAAGUUCAAAUAUGAAGUUUUAUCAGGACGGCUUCACAUUGAU